AGAAAAAUAAAAUAUUAACGAAAUCGCGUUUUCGCUCGAUUCAACAAACGAAAGAGGCAAUGACAAAAUAGUAAAGGAAUGACAUAAAGCAAACAGUCUAGCGAACUUCUCUCGACACGGUCUUUUUUUCUAUACAAAAAAAAAAUAGUCCUCGAUAAACGAGCAUAAUUUUCGACUAAUUACCUUCCAAACAAAAUUAUACCAGUAAAGUUAAUAAAAAAGAAAAAAAAAAGAAAAAAUGUGCGCGCUAUUAUCAUCGACAAGAAGCACCAUGUUUCUUCGGCAUCACAAACUUCCAAUAGGAAUCAUGCAAAAUAUCUUUGGAUCUACCCUUAAGAAGAGCUUUUCGACAACUUCCAUUCGAGAAAAGGAGGAUAAUAGUUCAUCGAAGAAGACUAGUUUUCUAACGAAAUUAAAAAAUAUCUUUAACAAAUCAGACCACAUCAGCAACGAAGUUCACGACAAGAUCGCUUAUCUUCAAUCGGCACUCUCACAAACCAUAUAUUUAGAGAAUAAACUUUUCGAUCGGCGAAUAAAUCAUACUUUGGAAUCGAGAAUGAACAAUGACGUUAACAUGGAUUUCACGAAUGUCAUUGAACAGACAACGAGCAAGCGAACUGCCAAAAGAAUCGAGAAUAUGUUUGCUUACGAUCUAUCUGAGAUGACUUUGAAAGGAAAUCCUGCGAUUUUUAUAAUGAACGACUUUUGGAACAACGAAUUAGACAAGUUCUAUCAGUUGAUGAUAUACAGUAAUUGUAUGAACGACUUCCCAAUCGUUAAUAAUAAUUCCUCGAAAUAUCAAUUGAAUAUCGAUCCAAGGAAUCAAUAUCAUUUUCCAACACGUACAAGAUCGCUUUUCGGCUGUGGUACGUUCCUUCGUAAUUUGAUUCACGAUCAUGGGGAAGCUUCGAAAGUGAUAAGUUUCGUGCCACGAAGUCCGAAGCCACCUAUAAGAGAACCUAAUAUGCCCGAAAAGCGAGAUAAGAAAGACAAGGGAAAGGAAAAGAAAGAAAAGAAACCGGUAAUUCGUACUCUAAAUCGUUACAUCAAAACGUCGAAACAUUUUCUUAAAAUAAAUAUUGGAGAGAGUACGCAAUACGUGAGCAAUCUGGCAAUGGCACGGACCCCAACGGUCUAUAAUUCGAAUAUGUCCAUCGGCAAAAGAUACGCGUCCUUGGGAACGUUCAAGUUGUUCAAAGAAACGUCGAGACGUCCGAACAUAUUAAACAAAACGAAAGAGUCCCUUCUGAAGUCUAAGAUACUUUCUCGUAAUCAAAUGUUAUCGUUCGAUAAGAAUUAUCAAACCAUCGAUGGCAAAGUGGGUGAUAAAGAAAACAAAGAGACCGAAGUAAUGGAAAAUUCCGAAUUGAGCAUCGACAACGAAAUAUCUGCGUGGCAAACUUUGGUCGAUAAAUCGAAACCACCACCCGAGAAGAAGGUCGAUCAAGAAUUGGUAGAGUUACAGUUGGACAAGGUAUCCAUUCGUCCGGAACCACCGAUACCUAAAUUAGAUGUAGAGAUGGUGAAACCGAUGAAUUCUGAAAUAAAAAUCGAAGACGAAUUCAUAGAAACGGUGAGUUCUGAUCGCAAAUCAACGCGACCUGCGGAAAACGCUCGGUCUGGAAAUACGUCGGAAACUCAUAAGGUAGAGAACAGAAAGUAUCACACGGUGUCGAACGAGGACGAAGCAGUUCUUGAGAAAAAAGAUAAAUUUCAAGUAAUUCUGAUUAACAGAAACUUCAGCAAGUCUCAUUCUCCUUCUAAAACGGAUUCUGAAAGUGCUCAACGAUCUAACACUCAAAACCAGCAACUUUCUUCAACUAAAGUGCAAUCCGAUCAGACUGCUUUUGCCAGAUCGUCCGCCAGGGAGUCGGAAAAUACUGACGAAGGUACUUCGAAUGAGAGCAAACGAUCCUCGUUAUCCACUGACUUUCAAUCGGGAAAUCGCAAACAUGACGAGGAAACGACUGGUAACUUCACUCAAACUUUUGAUGCAGUCGAGGGCGAAAGGGUGAUUUCUUUGAAUCACUCGAAUCAGGGUAAUGCACGUUUGCCAACGUCGGUAACGAUUUCGUCACGACCUAAACAAGAAUUGAACGAGAAUCAAUUGGAGAAUGAUAUUAUAAACAGCAAAGACGGUCGCAAUUAUUCUUACUCGAGUAUGAACGUGGCGGCUCACGAUGAGUAUCCUUAUACGUGUUUCGACGAAUCUUAUAUCGAAGAAAAUAAAUACAUCGAUUCUAAAGACGAAUUAGAUAAAAACGACGGUUCCAUCGAGAAACAAAUGGCGGAAGUUUCGAUGAAAGAAGACGAGGAGUGCAAAAAAAUUGAAAUGAUAACCGAUGCGAACGAUGAUUUCAUUCGUAUACCGGGUGAUCCUUAUCCGUAUAGUCGAGAGCACUUCAAAAAGUGGCGAUUACCGCGUAAGAAGACGUUCGAGGAUACGAUUUUAAAGACAUUGCAAAGUAAAUCAGAUGUUAAGAGAAUCACGGAUAACAUUGAGUCGCAUUCAUCGCAAAUUCUUGGUUCAUCUGGUGUAGGAAAUUUAGAGGACUCUAAGACCUCCUCUAUUCAGAAGGAAAAGCAACCGAUCAGAGAGAUGUCCCACGAUUCUCAUGUUCACGAUAAGUCGUAUCACGCUAUGUUGACUGAUAACGUUGAAAAUGAAAAUCGUUCGAAGAAAUUAAAGAAAAAUCGUCAUACUAUAAAAUGUAACGAUAGGAAGUUCUACGUUUCUUCGUUGGAUCAACAGAUAGUUCCCGAAUGUCUUCGUCGUGGCGUUAACAAUGAAAAUUCAAAGACUAAAUACAACCUAGGAAAAUUGUUGGAACAAGUUUCUGGAAAUGAGAAAUUGAUGAAAGAUGAUGUGUCUCGUCGAGAGUAUCAUCGUUGGAUUCGUUCCGGCUUCCGAGACUCAGAAUCAGAAGGAGCCGACGGAAGAGCAUGAUAUGUCCAAAAAUAAAAACACCAACAAUCAACAUUCAUCACAUUCAAAUGAAAAGAGUAAUCAAUUCGUCGUGGUAAAGGACGUUCUCAGUACUCCGCUAAAUAAUAAACAUGUGCACGAGGAAAGUAUUCAACCGGAUGCUGAUCAAUCACAAAUGGUUUUCCAAAAAGCAGAAAUCAAAAAGGAAGCCGUUUCGAAAAAUAAGCCCAACAAAUUGAUACAGGAACAUAAGUUUACGACAGCUACAUCUGUGAAGAAAGAAAAGGAGCUGAAGACCGUUACCCGAAUUGAAAACGAUUCAUGUGAUUAUUCGAUUAUCGUUUACGCGUAAAUUAUUGUUCAUUAUCUUUUUUUUUUUUUUUUUAAUUUCCUUGCGAAAAAUUUUUUGACAAAUUGAAUAACUGUAAAUUAAGGACUAUAUCUUAAUCGAUGUAAUACUACCGAAUAGAAUAUCAUAUGUAAAUUAUAUUCAAAGUGAUAAAACAAAGAUCGUUGUAUGGAAA